AUGUGUCCUGGGCCCCCCAUGCACCCUCACGGUGAAGCCGUCUAUGUGUCCUGUGCCCCGCCCCCUAUGUGUCCUGGUCCCCCAUGCACCCUCACGGUGAAGCCGUUAUGUCCUGUGCCCCCGCCCUAUGUGUCCUGGGUCACUGAAGCCGUCUAUGUUCCUGUCCCGCCCCUAUGUGUCCUGGGCCUCCCAUACACCGUCACGGUGAAGCCGUCUAUGUGUCCUGUGCCCCGCCCCCUAUGUGUCCUGGGCCUCCCAUGCACCCUCACGGUGAAGCCGUCUAUGUGUCCUGUGCCCCCGCCCCCUAUGUGUCCUGGGUCCCCCAUGCACCCUCACGGUGAAGCCGUCUAUGUGGCCCCUAUGUGUCCUGGGCCCCAUGCACCUCACGGUGAAGCCGUCUAUGUGUCCUGUGCCCCCCCCCUAUGUGUCCUGGGUCCCAUGCACCCUCACGGUGAAGCCGUCUAUGUGUCCUGUGCCCCCUGCCCCCUAUGUGUCCUGGCUCCCAUGUCCCCAUGCCUCACGGUGAAGCCGUCUAUGUGUCCUGGGCCCCCAUGCCUCACGGUGAAGCCGUCUAUGUGUCCUGGCCUCCGGUGUCCUGGCCCCAUGCACCCUCACGGUGAAGCCGUCUAUGUGUCCUGUGCCCCCGCCCUAUGCUGGGUCCCAUGCACCCUCACGGUGAAGCCGUCCUGUCCCCGCCCCUAUGUGUCUGGGCCCAUGCACCUCACGGUGAAGCCGUCUAUGUCCGUCUAUGUGUCCUGUGCCCCCGCCCCCUUGUGUCCUGGGUCCCCCAUGCACCCUCACGUGAAGCCGUCUAUGUGUCCUGUGCCCCUGCCCCCUAUGUGUCCUGGGCCCCAUGCACCUCACGGUGAAGCCGUCUAUGUGUCUGUGCCCCCCGCCCCUAUGUGUCCUGGGCCCCAUGCACCCUCACGGUGA